AGUCCAAUCUGAAAGUAAACAGAGAAACCGGAAGCGAACCCACUCCGUGACAGUGAUACAAACAUCUCCGAUUUCCGAAUCCCAAACCGCGUUUUCCUCAAUCUCAACUCUGCAUAUCCCUCAUCGGUUCUUCCAAUUCCCAUUCCAUUCUGCACUUUUUUCCAUCUGAUAUUUCAAGAAGAUUUGAAUUGAAAUUGAGGGCUUGACUGGUGAAGCAGAGAGAAAUGGCUAAUGAUGCAGCUGCCUGUGCUGAGAGGGCAACUAGUGAUAUGCUGAUUGGUCCAGACUGGGCAAUUAACUUAGAGUUGUGUGAUAUUAUUAAUAGGGACCCUGGGCAAACAAAGGAUGCAUUGAAGAUUCUUAAGAAGAGUUUAAGCAGUAAAAAUUCCCAAAUGCAACUUCUGGCCCUUUUUGCACUGGAGACACUUAGUAAAAAUUGCGGUGAAAGUGUCUUUCAGUAUAUCAUUGAGCGGGAUAUCUUACAUGACAUGGUUAAGAUAGUGAAGAACAAGCCGGCCUUCAAUGUGAGGGAAAAGAUACUGGAUUUGAUUGAUACGUGGCAAGAAGCUCUUGGGGGACCAAAUGGAAGGUAUCCCCAGUACCACGCAGCAUAUCAUGAAUUAAAGUCUGCUGGAGUUGAAUUUCCACCACGAGAAGCGAACAGUGUUCCUUUUUUCACUCCUCCUCAAACCCAACCAGUUGCUCAUCUUGCUGGUGCAGAAUAUGAUGAUGCUGCUAUCCCGGCUUCUAUUCAGUCUGAUACAUCUGACCUUAGUUUACCAGAGAUUCAGAAUGCUCAAGGACUAGCGGAUGUCUUGGCUGAAAUGCUUAAUGCCUUGGAUCCUAAAAAUCCAGAGGGUGUGAAGCAGGAAGUCAUUGUUGACCUUGUUGACCAGUGCCAUUCUUACCAAAAACGUGUUGUGCUUCUUGUGAAUGCAACUACGGAUGAACAGCUUUUAUGUCAGGGAUUGGCACUGAAUGACAGCCUUCAGCGAGUACUUAGUCGACAUGAUGAUAUUGUAAAAGGAACUCCUGAUACCGGGGCAAGAGGAACAGAAAUGUCAGUUCUGCCACUUGUAAAUGUAAACUAUGAGUCGGAUGAGUCGGAUGAUGAUUUUGCCCAACUAGCCAACAGGUCAUCACGAGAUGGUCAUGCACCAGACAGAAAACCAGAACCAGCGAGAGUAAACCCGAUUCUUCCCCCGCCGCCAGCAUCAAGGAAACCCAUCUUGUCUAACUAUGGUAUGGUUGACUACCUCAGUGGUGAUGCAUACGAAACAGAGGUUUCCUAUGACAACUCUGAGCCAACUCCAUAUGCAGUACCUCUUCAUUCUGACCCCAAUUCUUCCUCAUCAACGACUGCAACACUGUCUUCCUCUCCACCUCCUUGUACCAUGAAUACCUCAACACCAGGUUUUAGCAAACAGCCUAUAUAUGAUGAACCAUCUCCGGUCAACAAAUCUUCAGAAAGCCUUUCUCCAGCUCCCGGGGACACGCAAUCUCCAGGAAUCCUUCCGCCUCCACCGGCAAGGUUUAAUCAGAGGCAGAACUUUUUUGAGGAACAAGGCAUGUCUCAUUCAAGUAACUGGUCCAGUUCCUCGAAUGACAGCUUGUUGGGACAAACUCAGAAUCUGUCUCUGAAUUCAUCUACUCCAACCAAACAAGAGAAGCUAGAAGACGCCCUUUUCAAAGACCUACUUGACUUUGCAAAAUCCAAAACCAAACCCAGUGGACCAUUUUGAGAGAUUGUGUUUGUGUUAUUUAAGGUGCUGCUGCUUCUGAAUGUUGUUCCUCAGAUUUUGAUUUGGACCCCUCAGAUGAUCCAUUUUAUGAUUGUCUUUGGCAAUUUUCGAGUAUUUGUCCGCGCAUAUGUGGGUAGUUGUCAAUACAUUGCUGCAUAUAUUGCAUAUAUUCAUGUAUAUUGUUCAUACUGAUUGUUUGCUCGUUUUAAAUAAUAUUGGAUUUUCGAAACCAUUAGAGUUUCUUCAA